CUCCCCAUCGUCAUCCUUCACAUGUUGUGACUACACCCAACACCAUAGCCGCCGAAAUAAAAAAUUAAAAAAAACAGCAUCAUAAGUGCGAUACAAUGUGAUUCUCGCAACAAGAAGACUAACUACCACGACGUACAUUUGGAUACAAAGAUCAAUCAAAUGCAUUCAUAUCGUAAUGGUAUUGCAUAAGACAAUAUAUAUUGAUACGUAUUCAACACUUGAGUCUGAUAAGGUCUGGUAUUUAUUGUUGUACUUUAGUGUUCGAUCACUAGGGACCCCGUUGGCCAAUCGUAAAGUAUCACAAAACUUUUUGAAUCACACUCUAGAAGUAUGGUCUAGUUACAUUAAUCGUCACUCAAAUAUCGCAUCAAAUUCUUGAAACUAAAUGUACAUGAGUUCCUUGAUAAUUUAGGAAGGAUGUGUUUCCAAGAGAUUACUUGUGCUAACUUAAUUACAAUAAGUGGUGUCAGAGUGAAUCCUUCCCUUGAACAUAUCCAGAUGUGUGUUUGUGUGGUCUGGACCUAUGCACCAAAGGAUCAAAAUAAAGCAGCCCCUUAGUCCAUCUGGAAACUAAUUGGGCUAGCUCUGCAUUUUGGGUGGGCCGCCAACCAAUUUCUUUAUUUCGUGUAUUCGAAACUGAUAAUCCGGCGGGCUUUUAUGACAUGGGCUAAGUUUAUUAAUGCGUAACUUAAUGAUAAAUGUUAGAUAUGUUUCUCUUAUAAUAAAAAAAUCAAGAAACAAAAUAUAGCAUGAUAAAUGUAGUUAAAUUAUUUGAAAACUUGAGGAUCACAGUUAUUUAUAAUUUUAUUAUAGCUAAAAUAAGUGAUAAAAAAAGUAAAAUCUUAAAUAUUUUGAGUAAAAUUACAUGUAGUUUAUGUAAAAACGAACCAAAAAUGGGACUAGUCAGAACAUGUUAGGUCGAUUAGAGUACUCAUGUCUGCUUAUUAGAUGGGUAUUACCAAAUAGAUCAAAUAAAUUGGAUAAAACAAGUCAGAAUAAUUGUUAGUUUUGGAUGGGAAUUUUUUUGCCCAUUCCCAUUUAUGUUGAAUUUUUUAAAGUUGAUUCUCAAAAGUCAAAAGGUGGACUUCAGGAGGUGACAUACAGCGUCUCACAUUUUUCAAUUAAAAAGUUAAUCAGAUUCUUAAAUCUUAAGAGGCUCAUCGCUGAUAAUACUAUACUAGAUUAGGGUGCUACUAAAAGAAUGAGAGAGAAGGGAAAAUGAGCUUCGUCCAUGGAAUUCAAAUAUGAAGCGUCCAGCCUUGAUGAAGGUGCUUCUGAUUACUAAUUUAUAGGCAGUAAUAUUGAUGAUCAACACGUUGCUUCAAUCAGAUUAAUGGAUUAAAAAUACAUAACUGAGAAGAAACAGCAGCAGAGUAUACUAGUCAUUAUUUAUUAAUUAAUUUCUGCAUAACUAAUUAAGUAGGCUUUUGCUCAGUCAAUGGUUUGAUCCAUCCACUUGUAAGGCUAUCAAAGCUAUCCCUCUUCCGCGUUGGGAUGUGCCAGAUAAGCUUAUAUGGCAUUUUACGGCUGAAGGGGUCUUCUCGGUGAAGUCGGCUUAUCAUCUGGCUGUUGAGUUGGACAGGAGGCGGGGUGGGUGGCGAUCCUCGGUUAGCUGGAUGGAUAAGCCCAGUUGGAUUAGAGUUUGGGAGGCGAAGAUCCCGCCGAAGUUGAAGGUUUUCCUUUGGCAAAUUCUUAAUCGGGCUUUGCCGACUAUGGAGGCGCUUAUUGAGAAAAAGGUCCAGGUGCUUCCUCGGUGUCCAGUCUGCUGGGACGCCCCGGAAACGAUGGAACAUCUGUUCCUUUAUUGCCCGGUGGCGCGGGCUCUCUGGGAUUACUCUGGGCUGGAGUACUUGGGAGAGGGUUUGCCUCGGCAUACCUUUUCACUGUUUCUUAAGCGUCUGUUGGGUUUGAUCCAUCAACCGUCUGUGGUUAUGGCGGUUGUUGCAAUCCUUUGGAGGAUCUGGCGAUCUCGCAAUUGGGUAGUCUUUGAAGGCAAGCAAUUUGGGAUCCCGGCGCUAAUGCGACAGUUUUACCAACAGUAUGAGGAGUGGAUGGAUCUUCCAGCGGAUCAGACACCUAUGGUACAAGCCCCGAUAGGCUGUCUAAUGGUCCAGUGGGUGAUGCCCAGUUUGUUUGCAUGUGGGACGGGGCUACUAAGGGUGGGUCUCAUUCAGCUGGUGGGGUGGUUCUUUUUGACCAAACCCAUAUGCUCUUGUUGGCUAGAGGGGUCCAGUUUCCUCAGUUGGAUGAUCCAGCAGUGGUGGAAAUGCUUGUGCUUAGGGAAGCUAUCAUUUGGUGUGUAGAGCAAGGGUUGUCGGCGGUCCGUUUUGAGGGCGAUGCGAAGGUGAUUAUCGACAAAAUUAAUCAGGCCGAUACAAGAGAUAGCCGGUUGGAUGCAGUUCUGGAAGAGAUUGUUCAUUAUUUUCGUACUCAGCCUGGUUUUAGUGUGCGUUUUGUAGGUUGGGAUAACAAUAGGGUAGCUCAUUUGGUAGUUAGGAAAGCCCUCUCUUUGUACUCGACUAUGAGUCGCUUUUUUGAUUUCCAGACCUGGCUGGUUUCCAGGGUGUAACUGUCUAUGGGUUUGAUCAAUAUAUGAUAUUUUUUGGA